CACGUGGCAUUUGUUGAUGCAAAGCGUGUACUGAUGCACAAAUUGCCACUCGUCUUCCCGUUCGGUGAACCGGUGGUUGCGUUUCUUCUUCAUCAAUGAAUUUGGGGCUUGACCCCAAAACAAAUUUCGAGCUAUAUUUUAAGUUUUUUAAAAAAAGAGAAAUUUCACGCCACAAAUGUAGGGCCUGGCGAGGUUUACAUUACAUGACUUGCAAGUUGCAAUGAGUGAAGUGUGAGUUUGCAGCUUCUCUCUUUUUGGGCGUAGUUAGAGCUCUGGAAUCAUGAAGAAUCCUGAAGAAUUGGAACUCCUAGAGCAACCGGUGGUUCUCAUCACUGGCUGUUCUCAGGGAGGAAUUGGACACGCGCUGGCACGCGCAUUCGCCGCCAACAAGUGUACGGUGGUUGCCACGAGCAGGUCGCGGUCAUCCAUGGCGGAGCUGGAGCAAGAUCCCAGGCUUUUCUUGCAGGAGCUCGAUGUUCAGUCGGAACAGAGCGUUCAACGAGCUGUGAAGAACGUUCUGGACAAGUAUGGCCGGGUCGAUGUGCUGGUGAAUAAUGCUGGAAUUCAAUGCGUCGGUCCACUUGCCGAGGUUCCUCUCUCCGCCGUCCAGCAAACUUUUGAUACCAAUGUUUAUGGUUCAUUGAGGAUGGUUCAAGCUGUUGUUCCACACAUGGCGAAUAGGAAAAGGGGGAAGAUUGUAAACGUUGGAAGUGUUGCUGCUAUGGCUCCUGGACCAUGGUCAGGCACUUACACUGCUUCCAAAGCUGCUCUUCAUGCUUUGACUGAUACUCUCAGAUUGGAACUGAGUCAUUUUGGGAUUGAUGUUGUGAAUGUUGUGCCUGGAGCUAUCAAGUCAAAUAUUGGGAAUUCUGCAGUAGCCAGCUACAACCGAAUGCCUGAAUGGAACUUGUUUAAACCAUUUGAAGCAGCAAUCCGGGAGAGAGCUUAUUUUUCUCAAAGAUCCAAGUCCACUCCUACGGAUGAGUUUGCUAAAAAGACUGUGGCUGCCAUCCUCAAGAAGAACCCACCUGCAUGGUUCGCUUCUGGUCAUUACUCAACCAUCAUGGGUAUUAUGUAUCAUAUGCCAAUCUGUGUUAAGGAUUUCUUUUUGAGGAAAGUAAUGAAUUGUUGAGGGAGGUACACGUUGCUUUUAUUAUUGAAAAGAACAUUACUAAAGAAAAAAAAGUUGAUGGAGAAGAUGUAAUAAAUUUUAGGUUUAUAGGUUA